AUGGACAAUUUCCUGCUGGCUGUGAUGGCCUAUGACCGGUAUGUGGCCAUAUGCCACCCCUUACACUACACAACAAAGAUGACCCAUCAGCUCUGUGUCCUCAUGGUGGCUGGAUCAUGGGUGGUAUCCAGCAUGAAUGCUCUGUUGCACACCCUGCUCAUGGCUAGACUCUCAUUCUGUGCAGACAACAUCAUCCCCCACUUUUUCUGUGACACGCCUCCCCUCCUGAAACUCUCCUGCUCAGACACACACCUCAAUAAGCUGAUGAUUCUCUAUGUUGCAGGGCUGUUAAUGAUCACCCCAUUUGUUUGCAUCCUUGUGUCUUAUGUCCUUAUUGCUUGUGCUCUCCUGAGAGUCUCAUCCACGAGGGGAAGAUGGAAAGCCUUCUCCACCUGCAGCUCCCACCUGGCUGUGGUUGGCCUCUUCUAUGGCACCAUCAUAUCCCUGUAUUUCAAUCCUUUCUCCUCCUCCUCACAUUCAGCUGGGAGUGACAUGGCAGCUGCCAUGAUGUACACAGUGGUGACCCCCAUGCUGAACCCUUUCAUCUACAGCCUGAGAAACAAGGACAUGAAAGGAGCUUUAAGGAAAGUGCUUACCAUGAAAUAUUUAUCUAUUCAGAAAUGUUAA